CACUUUGAGUUGAUGUAAGCGGCACAACAUGGCGGAAUCCGGAGAUAAAAGUCAAGAGAAGUCGAAAUCUCAGGUUGAGACUGAAAUCGAUGAAGAACUGAAUGAAUUAUUAGACAGCGCAUUGGAGGAUUUUGAUGCAAAUGCAAAGCCUGGGCAAAAAAAGGACCAGAAAACUGCAACACCAAAAACAGAUGGAGCAAAGGGAGCAGCUGCAGGCGGAGGUGAUGAUCCCAUCUCGGACAUGUUUGCAGAACAGUUUUCUGAUGAAAUGGCGCGAGAGUUUGAAGAUGCAAUGAAGGGUCUACUCUCAGAUGACCCAAACAUGAUGCAGCAGAUAGAGAAACUGGCUGAGGCUGCAGGCAACACAGAUGAUAACCCUGAAGGCCAGAAAGAGUUUGGAGAAACAUUAAAACAGACUCUAGCAAGCUUAGCUCAAAAUACAGAAGGAUUACAGGAUGCUGCCUCAGGCACAGGAGUGGAGGAUGAUAUGAUGAAGAUGUUUUCUGGUCUGGGCCUCGACCCAAAUGCCCAGGAGGACAACUUUAUGCCAAUGAUGCAAAACAUGAUGAAAACGCUUCUGUCGAAAGAUGUGCUAUAUCCAUCAUUAAAAGAGAUUUCAGAAAAGUAUCCCCCAUGGCUGGAAGAAAAUAAAUCCAAAAUAACAGAAGCAGCGUUCAGCAACUACUCUAAACAAAAUGACAUGAUUUCACAGAUUUUAGUAGAAUUCGAUAAAGAAAAGUCUACUGACACAGAUGAUAUGAAGAAACAAAGAUUCGAACAGAUUAUGGAAAUGAUGCAAAAGAUGCAGGAUCUGGGUCAACCACCGAAGGAAAUAGUUGGUGACAUGGCUCCAGGACUUGAUUUUGAUGCCAAUGGUGUUCCAAAGUUUCCCGGGACUUCAGAUGCCUGCUCAAUCAUGUGAUAAUUUGUAGACAUUUGAUUAGUUCUUACCUGUAUCAUGUGACACUCAAUCAGCAUUUUCAUUGGUUGUUUCUAAAAUCAUGUGACAGCAGUCAGCCUUUUCAUUGGUUGAUUCUUAAAGUCAUGUGAUUCUCAACCAGCUUUUGAUUGGGUUGCAUACAUGUACAACUAUUAUGUGAUAUGUACAGCUGAUUUUCUUCGCUGUUAUUGUUUAAAUAUGCCUUUAGAUAUUCUAUGUUGGUUUUUUGAUCAAGCUUGAAGUUUAAAAAUGGUUCCAACGUAGAAAAGAAUGAAUUAUUUGAUAGUAUAUUAAUAAAAAUAAUGACUUAAAAACUUACUGUAAUAAAUUAGUUUUAUUGUAGAUAUUUUUGCAUAUUUGUUGCUGGUGAAAUGAUUGUUGUAAUUAUAUUGUUUCAGAUUUUUAUAUUUUUUUGUAGUACAUGUAAACGUCAAUAUUUGUAUUACAUCCCUUGUUUUUUAAGAGAUGCUCUUUAUCCUUAUAUAAUAUAAAGAAUAUUAAGAAUCAGCAUUAUAGAAGUGUAUGUCUGAUGUUUUUAUUGAAAUUUCUCAUCUUCGAAGGUACACGUUAUAUUUGUUUAAUUUUCACUAGUCUUGAGAUUCCAUCUUGGGCUUUUUUACUGUAUGAUGACUACCUGGCCCCAACCCAUAUAUACCAGUACACUUGGUGAAGAUAUGAAACAGCAGUCAGAUUUUCAUCUUUAUAUUAUAUUGCAAUUAUGCUUUUUAGACAGACUUUUUCCUGCGCAAAAAAGAUUUUUUAAAAAUCAUCAAAAGUUGAUAGAUUUUUCCUUAUUUCAUUUAAAUAGCUGAUUUAGAGUCUUUUGAUUUGAUUAGAGAUUAUUUUCUGUGUGGGCAACUACACUUCCAUAUUUCUGCAUCAUUUGUGUGCCAAAUGCAAUCGUUAAGUAUAUCUUCCAAAAAAAAUAACACACCGGCUAAUAUUAAAAAAGAAAACGUCACUAGUAAUGACUUGUAAACAAAUAAGUAGUAAAUGGUAUUGGCUACUAAAUCAUUUAUGUGUAAGUUUUUAUUGUUUAUUGAACAACUCAGUGUAAUUGUGGUUACAGUCGAAGAAAAUAUUUUACAUUGGUAUUAUUCGGUGUACUUGUGGCAGUAAUUGGAACAUAAUGAAUGCCCAAAUGUUUAUAAAGUACCCCUUACACGCAUUAUUGUAGCUAGAUGAAACUUGCGGCUUACCAAAAUUUGUCAGUAAUUAUUUUAACAAUUUAUUCAGACAUCAAAUGCUUUAAUGAAUUGUCCUAGUCCAACAGCUCAAUAUUUAUUGAUUUUAUGGACCUUUUUAUGCCCCCGAAGGUGGGCAUAUUAAAAUCGCACCGUCCUUCCGUCCGUCCGUGUGUCCGGCUCAAUAACUCGUGUCCGGGCUGUAACUUUCCCUUGUAUGGACAGAUUUUAAAAUAACUUGCCACAUGUGUUCCACAUACCAAGACGACGUGUUGCGUGCAAGACCCAUGCCCCUACCUCAAAGGUCAAGGUCACACUUCGGUCUUUAUUCACAAUGGAGUGCUGCAUAUAGGACAUAGAGUAUAGGUUGUCGUGUCCGGGCUGUAACUUUCCCUUGUAUGGACAGAUUUUAAAAUAACUUGACACAUGUGUUCAACAUACCAAGACGACGUGUCGCGUGCAAGACCCGUGCCCCUACCUCUAAGGUCAAGGUCACACUUAGUGUUUAUUCACAAUGGAGUGCUGCAUAUAGGACAUAGAGUAUAGGUUGUCGUGUCCGGGCUGUUACUUUCCCAUGUAUUGACAGAUUUUAAAAUAACUUGCCACAUGUGUUCCACAUACCAAGACGACCUGUCGCGUGCAAGACCCGUGUCCCUACCUCAAAGGUCAAGGUCACACUUAGUCUUUAUUCACAGUAGAGUGCUGCAUAUAGGACAUAGAGUAUAGGUUGUCGUGUCUGUAACAUUCCCUUGUAUGGACAGAUUUUAAAAUAACUUGCCACAUGUGUUCCACAUAGCAAGACGACGUGUCGCGUGCAAGAACCAUGCCUCUACCUCUAAGGUCAAGGUCACACUUAGAGUUUAUUCACAAUGGAGUGCUGCAUUUAGGACAUAGAGUAUAGGUUGUCGUGUCCGGGCUGUAACUUUCGCAUGUAUGGACAGAUUUUGAAAUAACUUGCCACAUGUGUUCCACAUACCAAGACAACGUGUCGCGUGCACGACCCGUGUCCCUACCUCAAAGGUCAAGGUCACACUUAGUCUUUAUUCACAGUAGAGUGCUGCAUAUAGGACAUAGAGUAUAGGUUGUCGUGUCUGUAACAUUCCCUUGUAUGGACAGAUUUUAAAAUAACUUGCCACAUGUGUUCCACAUAGCAAGACGACGUGUCGCGUGCAAGAACCAUGCCUCUACCUCUAAGGUCAAGGUCACACUUAGAGUUUAUUCACAAUGGAGUGCUGCAUUUAGGACAUAGAGUAUAGGUUGUCGUGUCCGGGCUGUAACUUUCGCAUGUAUGGACAGAUUUUGAAAUAACUUGCCACAUGUGUUCCACAUACCAAGACAACGUGUCGCGUGCACGACCCGUGUCCCUACCUCUAAGGUCAAGGUCACACUUGGGUGUUUAUUCACAAUGGAGUGCUGCAUAUAAGGACAUAGAGUAUAGGUUGUCGUGUCCGGGCUGUCACUUUCCCUUGUAUGGACAGAUUUUAAAAUAACUUGCCACAUGUGUUCCACAUAACACGACGACGUGUCGCGUGCACGACCCGUGUCUCUACCUCUUAGGUCAAGGUCACACUUAAGUGCUUGUUCACAACGGAGUGCUGCAUAUAAAGAUAUAGUGUAUAGGUUGUCAUGUCUGGGCUGUAACUUUCCCUUGUAUGGACAGAUUUUAAAACAAUUUGCCACAUGUGUUCCACAUACCAAGAUGACGUUUCGCGUGCAAGACCUGUGUCCCUACCUCUAAGGUCAAGGUCACACUUAGGUGUUUAUUCACAACGGAGUGCUGCAUAUAAGGACAUAGAGUAUAAGUUGUCGUGUCCGGGCUGUAACUUUCCCUUGUAUGGACAGAUUUUAAAAUAACUUGCCACAUGUGUUCCACAUACCAAGACAAUGUGUCGCAUGACAGACCCGUGUCCCUAUCUCUAAGGUCAGGGUCACACUUGGGUGUUUAUUCACAAUGGAAUGCUGCAUAUAUAAGGACAUAACAGUGUCGGUUGUCAAGUAUGGGUGGUAUUUUUUAUGUUUAGAGGCAAUUUAAAAUAACUUGCCAUAUGUAUUUGACAUGUAAAGGCAAGAUCAACUUUUCAUGUACUGACCUUGUUCAUAGGUCAAUAUCACAAUCGGGGGCAUUCGUCACAUACUGUGACAGCUCUUGUUUCUUUUAAAUUUCCAUUAUGAAGUGAUAGUGUUUGAAAGAUUUGUCUCAAUUUUACAAUUUUAACAAUAUUUUGCGAUAUAUUGCAUGAUGGGCGCUGUAUAUUUCCACAUAAUAUUGAAAAACAGUUUUUGGUUUAUUGUUACAAUGCUUAAACGUAUACAAACCAAAUUGGAAAAUUAAAAUUCAAAGUUUUUGACAUUAAGACUCCGUGUCAAAAGAUAUAAACAAUUUUCUAUAAGUGUCUUGUACUUUGAAUGGUUUGCCAUUCAUUGGAAUUUUAUGGUUAAAGAGACACUUUUAAUGAUAAUACAUAAUGAAAUCUAAAACUUAAUGUCACACAUUUUUUAUUCAAUUUGGUGACUUUUUGUUUUUUUAUAUGUAUUUAUAUAACAUUCCUGGUAGAUUUUACCCUUUGAAUGUAUGUGAAAGUAAGCAUAAUUCUUAUUACGUUAUGUUAUUAUUUUGCCUAUUAUUGUUUGAAUGUAGCCACCGUUUUUGUAUAAAUAUUGUACUUUGCAGACUGUAUUUGAUAUUAAUACAUCAAUUGUUAAAAAUCAAAAAUGGAAAAAAAUAUAUGUUUUAAGAAAAUUUCAUUACAAAUGCUUACCAGGUAAUGUCUUCCUAUCUGUUCUUCAAAAUAUAUAUUCUGAUAAUGUUCAAAGUAUAGUUUGAGUUGGGAAACUACAAAUUAAUUGCUAGAAUUUCAUCCCCACAAGCCCCUUAAAGUUUAUUGACCGAAUAAAAAUGUUGAAUUAG